AGCUAAUCUACAUAGAAAAAAAUGGUUUAUUACGACUGCCUUCCUUAUUAUAGUAUUUUUAUUGAAUGAAUAAUGAAUUUUAGGCAGUGCACUUAGAUAUAGAAAAUACCAAGAUCAUAGAAUUAUACGUAACAUAUUAUAUAUAUAGUAGUAUAUUAUAUUAUAUAGUUUGCUUAUAUAUACUGAUUUUUUGCAUUUAGCAGCAGCAAAAACUAUUACGGUAUGAAUCUUUUUAGGAAUGGUCGUUCACCCUAACAUACUACUGACCUACUAAAAUAGCUAUACACGAUCAUUAAUAAAGGACACAAUAGCUAUUGUAGUUAUUUUUACCAAAUCAACAAGUCAUCAUGUUUUCUAUCCUUAUUUACUAUUUGAAGUUAGAAAGGAUCAAAACAAUUUAUAAAAGGAAAUUACUUAAAAAGAUAGUGACUUGCAAUUUUCGAAACCGGGUCUACAGAUCCUUUAGCAAGCAGUCAUUUUUGGGCAGUAGAAGAAGGUAAACCAUUUUUUUUUCUUUUUCGUGUGUACUACAGUGGCCAGUUAUUGUUUUUUUUUUAAUCUUAUCAGACUUCAACAGACUUUUUGUGCAUCUUCCAGUGUCUAAAGGAAGAAGUUACACCAAUGGAAGAUGCCGCAAAAUCAACUCAUGCUGCACGAUCACGAGCUCCUCUUGACGAAGCGGGAGUCAAGUGGUGGGAUCUGUAUGGAACCGAGGGUACAAGCACAACCUCACAAUAUUAUGUACAAAAUGAAUCCGAAGUGACUGAAACAAAAAUGUUUGUAAACAAAUCGACUUGCACUCGGAAUGCACAAGCAGAGAUAGCAUCGAAAAACUAUGAUAAUUUAAAAAAUAUCGCCAGUGACGAACCCAAAGAUAAAGUUCUGAAAGAAUGGAGGGAUCGACAGGCGAGAGCGAGGUUUGAACAAGCAAGAAAGGCGGUCAUUAAUUCACUGAAAGAAAAAUUUAGCGAUGUCUCCUGUUCCAAUAUACAUCCUAAUACCGAUGGAAAUAAAAUAGACAUUCGAAAAAGAAUUCCGACGAUUAUUAUAACCGGAGACAAUGUUGAAGGAACAUCAAAUUUGAAUGCGAAUCGUGAUGGGGAAGAUGGAUCGGAUUUGAGCCUUGUGGAUGGUGAUUUUAAGGUUGAAAAUGCGGUUGAGGGUGCCUGUCACGCGAGGAGGCUUCAGAUGGGGCCAGGUGGUGGACUGGCACAGUGGAGGUUGCUUCCUCGUGGCAGUAGGGCGGCGGGCGCGGAGGGCGGACUACGUGCAGCGAAGGAAAACAUGCCGUUGCCUUCGAGGGAAGGUUUGACCACGCCACGGAGCGCGCGGGCUCCGAUCAGCAGGCGGCCUACGAGCGCUCUUCCUCAUCAACGGCUGAAGAAGGAGAAGUCCCUGGAAACACCUCCAGAAAUGGAUUCGCCGGUUGGUAGCGUUAGCAGCGACUUACGACGACAAAAUGAGGAGCUGCGCGCGCGAUUGGCCGGCGAGGCUGCCGACCACAAACGCAGGCUGGAUGCUUACCGCCGCGCGCAGCAGGGGCAAGCUGCCUUGGUGUCUAGGCUUCAGGCUAAGGUGCUCCAAUACAAGCAGAGAUGUUCGGAGUUGGAGUCGCACAUGUUGGAGACGACCCCCCGGAGUGAUGUGUACCGUCCCACGCCUCCCAAGACAAGCAUCGCCCUUCCGGCGUCGGCCGCUCUGCCCACCCCUUCCAGCAUUGACUCUCGAAAAGAUGAGAGGAUCAAUGACCUGGAAACUGCCCUCAGGCGGCUGGAUGAGGAGAAACGCAGAUGUGAGAAACUUGUGGCUCAGAACAACUUGCUCCGUGACCAACUGGAGGAGUCCCAUCAGCUUAAUGAAGCUCUCACGGGUGACCUGCAGAAAUUGACCAACGACUGGGAGGCUCUGCGGGAUGAGAUGACCAUCAAGGAGGAUGAGUGGAAGGAUGAAGAACAGGCCUUCAACGAUUACUACUCAAGUGAGCACAACCGUCUGCUCAACUUAUGGCGCGAGGUGGUCUCCGUGAAGCGUCAGUAUGCCGAGCUGCAGUCGUCCACGGAGCGGGAUUUGUACCGAGUGAGGAACGAGUUCGAUUCUUCUGCCCGGGAGCUGCUGGGCAUGCUCAGUGGUUACUCCAUCAAUGCUUUUGCUGCUCAGACUUUGAAGCCUGAUUCGCAAGGCGCGGGUACGUCUGGAAUGUCAUCCUUCGGACAGGGCCAGUCAUGUAUCUGCCAUUUGUCAGGCUUAGGCCAGGGGUCAUCGGGUCAAGGGUCAACGAACGUUGGUCUUGAAGCAUUGAGAGUGGACCUGAGAGAUAUGUCCUCUCAAAGAGAUCAGGCUUUAGCUGAAUUGAGGGAAAGAGACGCACGUAUUCAACGUCUACUUGGCGAACUGCAGGGAUUGGAGGAGCGUUGUGAAAUAGCCGAGGCACAAUGUUCUGAUGCUGGUGUUAUGCGGGCAGCUCUGGAGGAUGUGGCUCGAGCUCUCAUCCAAGACUCAGAGUCCGAUAUAAUGCCCACGUCACACAUACACCUCGCAGACAGGUCUCCAAAACGUAGCGUACCCCAGUCGGCCAACGCGACAGCCUUCGCCGAGAGCACCAUAUCGGCCGUGCAAGCCGCUCUACACAAGUACCAGAUUCAAAUACACGAGCUUCAGGUGAAACUUCAAAAUACACGCGAACAACUCCAAACUAGUCGCAAGCACUGCGAAGUUGCUGACAACACUAUAGGAUCUCUUGAAAGUAAGCUCCAGGAUCUACAAGCGAAGUUGGACCAGGCGAAUGCUGAUAUUAACCAACUUACGUCAGACAAAGAGAGUAUGCAGAAGACUUUGGAGGCUCUAAGAGGGGAUAAGAGUGGGUUGGAGAGGAACAGGGUGGAGAUCAACGCUAUGGUGGAAUCUCUGACGUCGGACUACGAGAAACUGCAGAAACUAAACGCACGUCUCGAGAAAACUAUUGAGGGAUUGGAAAGUGAAAAGAGAGCUUUGAAUUGUGAGGUGGAUCAUUUACACCGAGAGGGCUCCAACAGGGAAUCUGUUUUGAGGGCGGAAGAGGAGCGAUCAUCUCGUCUCCGCUCAGAACUGGUGACCGUCCGUGAAGAAUUGAACCAGACUCUGUUGUCCAGAGACCUGCUGGACCAGCAGAAGUUGGAGGCAGAUGCUGUCAUAUCCCAGAUGGAGAAGCAUAGGAAUGAACUGGAAAUAGAAUUGGAACGGAUCGUGAUGGAGAGGGCCGACCUUCAGGACCUAGUGGAGAAACUGGAAACCGCCGUGAGGAACCUCGAGUGUGAGAAGAAGAAACUACUAGAUGAAGUCAAACAUCUGGAAGACGAGAAAUCCUCCCUGUCAAACCAGUCUUCAGAGCAGCAAGGGGACCUCAACUCUCUCCGCAAAGAGUUGCUGGCGGCUGAACAGAAUAGGAUGGAAUUGGAAGCUGACAAGGCCUCGCUGUAUGAGAAGAUCAAGUUUUUGGAAGGAGAGAGGGAGAAAGUUGAGUUGGAGUUGCGACAAGUUGUGAGAGAACGUGGUGAGCUCAGUUCUCAGCUGACAGCCAUGGUGCGCAAGAAGGACACGUUGAAUGAAGAAAUUAUUCGCCUUCAACAGAGAUUGGAACAGGCCAACGAGACAAUAGGCCGCAUUAAUAGGGCUCUCGAAGAUCAUGUCAAGGAUGGCGAAGAGAAACAGAUUCUAAUAGACAGUCUCGAGAAGGAUAAGCAGCAUUUUCAAGAGCAACUGGCUGGCGUACGCUCAGAGAAGGACGCUUUGGAAGCGGUUCUGUUCGACACGGCCAACAUGUUGGAAGACGCCGAUAACAAGCGGAGCAAGUUGGAACACGAAUUGCAAGAGACUUUGGUGCAACAGGAGAAUUAUAAAGGUCAAAUCGCCCGUUUGACCAAAGAUCUAGAUAACACCGAGAAGAAAUUACGCGAAACUCGCAACAGCAUGUCCCAAGCAGCCGGGAAGAAGGAGGCGGAGUACCAACAAAUCAUUACCAACCUCAACCGCACCACCACUGAGAACAUCACCAAACUGAAGGAGGAAAAGGACCAACUCCGCCAAUCCCUGGAACACAAACUGAACCAAACCAUCGCAGCUCUCACGAGCGAGAAGGAAUCAUGUGAAGCUGGUGCGAGGGAAAGAGAGAAAAAACUUUUGGCUGCUCGUGACCAACUCAUAUUGCAGCACGACGAAGCUAUGUUGAGAGCUGAGAAUGAUAAGCAACAGGCGUUGAUAAUGGCUCAUCAAGAACAACAAGCAUUGUUAGAACGUCUAGAAGAAGCGAAACGCGCGUUGGAUUGUGAAGCGAAUAAAUUGGAACGAGUUCGAAGGGACGCCCAAGCGAGGGCCGACCAUGAUCGCAACUAUGUUAACCAAUUAAAAGACGAACUGGCGGCUAUGAAGACUAGGCUAGAGGAGGCAAAGGCCAUAGCAGAAGACGAUUGCGCCCGCUUCGAGAACCGAAUCAAAGAGCUUCAUUUGGAAAAAGAAUCGGUCACUCGCGAGUGUACCGAGACUAGAGCGUUGCUGUCAUUGGCUGAAGACAAGUACGACAAUGCGUAUGCGCAACUGCAGGAAACUACGCGGAAGCUUAAAGAAUUGGAAAACGAAGCAGACAGCCUCCGGAAGGAGCUCACAGAUGUUCGCCGUCAACUGACCAAUUGCUGCGCCGAAAGGGACAAAUACAACAGCAGCUGUAGGGAACUGAGAGAACAUGUGAAGAGGGCCGAGAGUGAGAGAAGAGAUGCUGCUAGAGCGAGAGACGAAGCAUAUCAUAAGAUUGCCGGUUUAGAAGAGAACCGGACAACCCUCGAGCUAGAACUGUCCAGAGUGCAGAACCUCCUCAAAGAGGCAGAGUCCGGAGGGUCACACUUGACACGCGACCUCCGCGCCACCGAGGCUCAGCUGAAGAGGGAGAGAGCGGCGUUAGAGCAGGCCAACCAUGAUAUCAAGGAGUUACAGUCUAGAUUGCAAAACGAAAGUGAAGAACGCGAACGUUGCGCAAACGACGCGGCGACCGCUCGGCGACACGGCGCGGAACUGGACGCGAUGUUGGCCAGCGCCAGGGCUGAGCUCAACGCUUGUAGGCAGAGGGGGGCGGAGCUCGAGGAGGCUUGUAGGGCUAGAGAUCAGGAGUUGGUGUUACGUCUUGAAGAUUGCCGCUCUAAGGAGCGUCGCCUUGAAGAGCUCAAACACAAUCUGGAGGUGUGCCUCGCCGAUGCUACACAACAGAUUCAGGAGUUGAAGGCCCGUCUCGGCGGCAGCGAAGGCCGCUGUCGAGCAUUGGAAGCCUCUCUCACUCAAUGCGAGAGCGGCAAGCGCGAAGUCGAAGCGAAACUCUCCUCCAUAGCCCACGCCCUGAGAAGAGUUUGCGGAGUUCAACCCGAUGGUUCGGUCCACGCAGCAGCUAGGAGAAGACUGGCGAGUCCUGCCAGGAGAUAUAGUCCGCACAGAGGUCGUCGCGACCACUCCGAAGACCGGAAUGAGAUCAUCGACGUAGAUCCAGAACUCAUCAAGAAGGGCAUGAGGAAUCUGAUGCAUGACGUCUGUCAGAUCGAGAGGGAAAAGGACGACUACAAGUCUCAAAUGAACGCGUUGAAGAAGCAACUCAAAGAAGCGACGGAGCAGGGCAACAAGGGCGAAGGGAAACUUCAAACAGUGACCAACAACUUGCGAUCAGUACAAGAAGAGAAGGCGAGGUUGGAGAGCACUGUGGCGCAGAAAUGUGCCCAGCUUAGUGCUUUGAAUGAGUCUGUGCAAACGAAGACGGUGGAGAUCAGCAAUCUGCGAGACAAAAUCACCAGUAUCGAAGCCACUUUGAGCGCAGUCACUGAGGAGAAAGUUCAAAAUGAGAACAAAGCGGAAAGUCUACGUGUGCAACUAGCCGAACGCGUGCAAGAAGUGGGACAGUUGAGGGAAGCUUUAGCUGCGGCUGAAGGUCGUGCCGCCCGAUUGGACGUGCGUCGAGCCCAACUGGAGGGAGACAUACAGAGAGCCGCCGUCGCUGCCAGGGAUAGAGACCAAGCUCUUAAAAAGUUACAAGAGCGAUGCGAAGGCUACACUCGCACGAUAGCCUCUCUAGAAGACCGAUGCACCUCACUCAAAGGAACCGUGGAACAACUUUCCACGUCCUUGCAAAAGGCAGCCUCGGCUGAAAGCGAGCUGAGAGCAGAAGUCGGCAAGACUCAGCGGAUGCUGAACGAGGCGAAGAAUAAUGAACACAACGCGCUGGAGAAGUUGAGGCAGCUUCAGAAGAAUGUCUCUAACUGCGAGAAUGAGAGACGCGUUCUGAGCGAAAAAUUAGAAAGUGCGAAGACGGCGCUCGGAGAACUGAAGCGAAUGAACGCCUCACUCGAAGACCAAGUCCACAGGCUCACCAAUCAACUGGCCAACGUUGAAGUGCAGAGGUCUGGUCUAGAAUCCCAGUUGCGCAUGACGACAUGGGACGGCAAGGAGAGUAGUGACGGCGAACUGGAGAGGGAGUUACACGCGUUACAGCGCGACAGAUCUGAGCUGAAGGCGAAGUGCGACGCUCUCACUGAAACCGUGCGGAAACUGGAAGCUGAGAGGAGAAUGCCACCUCGACCGUCAGCACUAAGGAGCAAGAGCCAUGAUCGCGCAGAGAAAUCUGUCUACUAUUCAGACUUGGACUCAGGCCCAGAUUCUACAAAAGACUCAGUCCGCUGCACAUGUUACAAGGACUCAAACCUGAAGGACAAGAGUUACGGAGACCUCAGCCUGCUGGAGCUGGAGAACAGAGAGCUCAGGAUGAAAAUCAGGAGGCUGGAGAAAGAACUCGCUGAUAAGGAAUCAGAACUGGCGAUGGCUCGUAACCGCUACCUCAAUGAUUUGUCGACUUGUUCGCCGAGUCAACGGAGCGAUGUCGACCGCUACAGACAAGCAGCUUUGCAAGCCGAGCGACUUCUGGAAGCCAGAGAGGCGAGCCAUAGACAACAGCUGCACAGGCUUGAGAACCAGGCGGCUCAACUCAGAGCUCAAUUAUCAGCAGAAAUCCGUCGAAGACAAGCGUAUGUGUCACGCAGCGGACGCGCCGCCAGAGACGUGCAACGUUUGAGGGCGGCGUUAGGGGAUUCUUUAAGGACUGUCUCACAGGAUCCAGCUCUGGACUCCUACACACUAGAACAUGAGGCGAGGAAACUUGACAGUACGUUGACACACAGCCUUCCGCCUCUCAACGACAGCUACGACUCGUCCAAAUAAUGCUCAACACCACGGCGUGUACGGUCGAUUGACCUGGCAGCUUCCAUUGUAUGUUGAACAUACAAUAGUACCUGACUAGAAUCGGUUAUGGGUAAUUUCUAUGAGCGUUUUAACCGCCGCGGUCGCGCUAUCAUUACAACCGGUAAAUUUUCUUAAGGAAGACAUUUCUAAAAUCAAAUUUUAGUUAAAUUAACAUUAGGUACUCAAAGUAUAGGUCAGUUAUUUCAUAAAGUCUGGUAAUAAAAUUUAUUUUUGUGUUUAUUAUUUGGAAAAUUUGCAAUUAUAGCGCAGACGCGGCGUUCGUUCAUAGGAAUGAGUUCAUUUUAAACGUCAUAAAAGGGUAUUGUACUAGUCAACAAGCCCAUUUGUCAUCUGUAGGUUCAUAAAUCAUUUAUUGACGUCAAUAAAUUACAUGCGAUUUAGUUUGUCGCAGCUUCCAUUGUGCAAGCGGAGAAUGCCGGUUUAGAUUCCCAGUGUGGACAAAUAUUUUGUACUUUUUUCAUAGAUAUUUGUCUGCGGUUGUAAUUUUGUUUUAUCUAUUUUACCGACCGACGUUACAAGUUUGAUGUUUUCUAUGUGCCUUUAGUUAAGCAUUUACAGUAUUACUACUAGGUAUUUUUUUAAUCUGUUGUAUUACGAUCUAGUUGGUGGAUCUAGCGGUGGUGGUGUAAUGGUUAAGACGCCCGCCUGUGGAUCGAAAGGUCCCAGGUUCGAAUCCUACUCGUGUCACAUGAGUUUGUAUACCAAUCUGACUCAUGAAUAGUAGUUUUCAUCGUCCACCACUUGCUUCCGGUGAAGGAAGACAUCGUGAGGAAACCUGCACACAGGUUGAUUCUUAUUAACUUGUGUGUGAAAUGGAGAAGGCAAUGGCAAACCACUCCUUUAAUAAUGCCAAGAAAGAUGUUGUGUGUGUUUCAUUCCACGUAACAACCACGACCCUCAGCCAUGAGGAAUUACGAUGAAAUACUAUGUAGAAUUACGAUCUAGGUAACGAUGGACAUCCAUCGUAAGUAGAAGAAUAGACACACGUCUAUUCUUCCACCUUUAUUUAAUAAUAAUAAACUUUUUUGUUGUUGAAGUAUAGGUUAUAUACUUCUCUAACAAAAUAUUAUAGCUAGACUUGAAAUUAAUACUUGAAAAUUGUACCGUUUUAUGUGUAUGGGUACAAAGUUAAUAAUGAUCAUUACUUACUUCAUAACUUAUUUAGACCGGGAAUGAAUUGUUUUUGUAGUUUUCAAGUAAAGUGAAGGAGAAAAAGUAGGAAAAGGACCCUGGGGUCCGACGCUUUAUUGCUGAAGACGCUCUGAUGAGAGGGAGAGGAAAUCAUUAAUUUCAUUCUAUCAAAUCGGAACCAAUAAAUAGAAUUGGUUUGACGCAACAACACAGAUAAUAUUUGACGUCAUUGUAAAUUAAUCGUGGAAUAAAUGAAUCAUUUUCCCUUUUGGUUUUGUUUACGCGUAUUAAUGUCAUAAAUUAUGUGUUCAAUACACGUAGUAAAUAAAUAUAUAAUGCUGAAUUAACGCGAAGGUACUUUUGUCAUUGCUUUCACUCGCUACUCAAAAUUAUAUUAAUUUGUCAAUUUAAAAUAGGGUAACAUUCUAUAUAGACUUAGAAAUAUUACAAUUUUGCUCUCUAUUAUAUCGGAACUAUAAAUUUAAGAUCAUCCGGCUACGAAGCCCUAUAUGUAUCGCUUCGUAAAAAUAUUUACAACGUAAACAAAAUAAAAACGUUUAAUACCCCGUUGUGGUUAUAGUCUAAAUAUAGUUGCUCAAUGUACUAGUUAGAAGCUUUUUAUAGUUUUAAGUCAUUUAUUUGGAAAUCUAAAUAUAGAUUGACUCGUAUUAUACAUACCGUUUAAUGUGUGUUGUAGUUGAGGCUACGUAAGUACAGUCGACAGCACAAUCAAAUUAGCCAAAUUCAUUGCAAAUUCGUCGUUAUCACCACGUCAUAAAGAUUCAUGCAGGAUAUCUUGACGUGAGGUCCAUUGUACUAUGCUAUUUUGGUCUAUGCCUAUCGAAUGCCUAUGGUCAUCGAAUAUGAAAUUUGAGUAUAUUAAAUUGCCAUAAUAUAUUUAUUUGGGCCUCUAUGUUGUAUAUCGGGGGAUUUAUGAAUAAAAUUUUAUUAUGUUAACCCAAGACAUAGUUUUGUGACAAGGCAGCAAAUAAGGUUGAAGUGAACAUCUAAACUAAAAAUAUAGUCCCUAUUAUGUAGUCCACGACUAGUUGAACAAAAUCUGACUGGCAACGAAAAGAGAAAGAAGAACGAGUUUAUCUUGUAAAUUAUCCGCAGUUUUAUGAAUGAGACUAUAUACAUGUACUAAUAUUUUAGUAUAUAGUAUUAUAAAGCGGUAUAGUUAGAAAACUGUUAAUAAGCGUUGAUCUUCGGAACUAUAAGACGGAUUUGAGAAAAAUGUCAGCCAAUUCCUGUUUAAUUAAAUUUUUAAUGUCAAUUACUGUGAAUUUAGCCCAUUAGAUGAUUAAAGAGUGAAUCAGACAGAUAACCGUGCCCAGUGUCAGGGUCUAUCUGUUUAUGCGACAGUUUAUUGGCUCAAUUCGACCGUCUGAACCAGUCACGUUUAUGACUCAACACCUUAAGGCCGACCAGACCGGAAGAAACACGGAAGUGUUAUCAUUGCUUUGAGUCAGAGCGCAGAAAUUAGAUUAAUAAAUAGAAGUGUCAUCGAUCAUUCUUACGAGGUUUUCGCAAGUCGGGGGCGCUGCCAUUACCGUCAUUUUUUUUAAAUAGAGAAUCGUUUUUGAAAUCAAACAUUAAUAAAUUUAACAUGACUCAAGUAUUUAUUGAUUUAAGUCUGCUAAUAAAAUUUGUUCUUGUCUUUGUUAAAUUUUGAUAUAUGGUUAUGUUCGUAAAACCGCGGAGGCGGUUGGAAUGCUAUAGAAGAAUGAUUCAUCUACUGUUUUAUAUAUGAGAAUAUGUGUCCAGUACGUUACAUAUACAUCAAUAUGUAUUGGGAAUUCAUUUUGACUAUGCUUGUGUGAGUGAUUUAUUUACUUGACAAGACAAAAUACCGUGUCUAUGUUGCUUUUAUUAUUCCAAACUCUGGCUCGUAAAAUACUUGGCAUUCUUUGUACAUCAAUUAACAUGUCAGUGUGGUGAUAAUAGUUCUCCAAUAACACUAGUGGUGGGGGACAAUGACCCCCCGAAUUAAGCAUUCGACCGCCCACAUUUGCUAGGAAGCCCCUAUCAAAAUAAUUGGGCCAUAUUGACUGAGGAUGCUAAUAUUUCAUACUCCGCUUUGAAGCAAACAUUCACUGGUCGUUGUUCCCGUUUUUGUCCACACUUUUGUAUAAGGAUUUUUAUGAAAACCUUUCCAAAGGCGUUUACGUUAUUUUAAAAUAAGUAUUAUUUAGCUCCUACAUCUAAUAGAAAAAUGGAUAGAAAGAUUUGUCUACUUAUAAAUUAAUGAUACAUAUAUCCUUCUUGUAUAAAUUUAUGUACGUAUGUAUUUUCGUGAAAAAGCUCAAUGGCUGUCUAUAUUUUGUAAUAACUUUUUUCAGACGCCGUAUUUAUUGAAAUACGGCGUCUGAAAAUGACUGUAACUCUGUGUCACCUCUGUCAAAAAUAUGUAAUGCUUGUUAGCGAACUAGUUCAAAACUUGAUAACAAGCAUUGGUAGGUACCUAGCUAGGUAUUUUUUGUGCUUAAAUUUCGCGUUGGCUCAACAUUUAAUCCAUAGGGACUUGCGUGUGACUUCGCACGAUAUUUCCAAUGACAUGAUGCCCGCAAAAACAUAUUAAUUAGUUUAAGAAUGAGUCAAAUAUGAACUCAUAUAGCAUAUUGUGACAUUACCUAAAUAUAUAGAAGAGCGAGAACACAUAACCGUGGACGUUAUGUAAUAGAUGUUAUUAACAUAAAAGCGUUUAUAUAUUCAGUAUUUAAACAUUUUCUAGUCAUAAAAAUAUUUAUUAAUUCCGUCCUAACGUGAAUAGUAUAAGCACAUAGUAUUUGGUAGUAGAAAUUUCUAGUCACAUUCUCCGCCUUAAAUUUAUGAAUAAAUAAAUAAACUAUCCCAUGUUUAAAAUCUAUACCUUGGGAGUAAAUUCCCAUAAAAUAAAUUUAUAUAAGGAAAAUUAAAAUAAUAAUUGUAAUGUAUUACGCACGCAUUAUUAAUUUUAUUUGUAUUCAGUAUCUUUAUAUAACGUGAUUUUAUUAGAAUUUUAUGACGAACUCAACUGUACGUCAUUCUUUAGACAAAAAAUACAAUUUACAACCGAAUGGGUUACAAAGUUGAGAUUUUUUAUGGUCUCUAAAAUGUUUCAUGAAUAAGCAGCUUGUAAAGUUAAUCCAAUAAAAAUCGAGACGUGUGUAAAAACUUUCUCGUCACUUCGACAGUUAUUGAGUAAACUUUGUAAGCAUUUGUAAACAGAGGAGUGUUUGGAAAAACAAGAAGUCGACAUCCUUGAUUCACAUCCAACCAUGUAAUAUACGUACUAUAAAUUAUAUGGGUGGCAAUAGUUAUCGAAUAUUAUCAUGAACACUGCCGAUAAAAAUAUUAUGAACCCUUAUCGUUUAAUAUGCUUUUGUGAACGUGUAAUCCUUUGGUAUCUGAAACUAUGGAUGUAACAUUAUAAAAUAUUGUGUGUUGUGCAUCUAACAGAUAUAUAUAUUUACACUAAAAAUAAACUACUUUCAGAUAAAUCAAAAUUAAUGUUAAGUGAAUAUUGUAAACUGAAAAAAUCUCGGAAGCUUUUGUUCUUUCUGGUUUACCACCCACACACAUUGGCCACGCCAACCCGGCGUUGGGACAUAUUAACAGUUUGAAAGUUAUAUAUAUUUUUUAAUUGGUUUGCUGGAAUAUGGCACGCUUGAGUGUAAUGCCACUAAGGACCGGUGACCUCAACGCAAUAGCUCGAUAAGAGACGCAGAUAGCACGGCUGGACGAUUCAUUAGAAUAGUUGCAAUUACACUAUCAAAUUCGGUACGCGUAUGCCGCUCUAGCGCAAUUGUAUGUAGAUUCGGUGCACUCUCCCAAGCUUUCUACAAAUUCUAAAUUCUACAGUAUUGUAAUUCAUAAUGUGCAUCUUGCGCACCUAUAGUGAACUCGGUCUAUAUAUUAGACCUUGUUUCAGACGAUUGGGUGCGUCUAUAGAAAUGCACAACUAUCGAAUGAAAUCCGACACUUUUGCAUUAUAGAUUAGAUUAAGUUUAUAGAUGUUAAGUUAUGUGUUCAUUUCCAUUGGACUGUGUCAAUUCUUAUGUUACUAGAAUGUCGACAUACGCCCGCCACGUCUCACUGCCAGUUAAUUUUUUAAAACGUUUGUACCUUGUAUUCUAGUCGAUAGUGUAAGCUAACACGUUUUAUGAAACUUUUUACACUGGUCGUAUAAUAAAAUAGUUGUAGAACAUAA